AUGCCUCACAAACAUAAGAAGAGCAAUGUCCACAAGAACGGCGCUCUAAAAGUAGAGCAAAAGGAGAUUCUUUCUGAUACCCCCGGUGCUUUCCCUGCCACUAAUUACAAAGAAAUUCAUAAGAAUGAGGCAGAUGCCUUGCGCUCAAUCUACUCAACAGACUUUAACGAUGUAGAAGUUCGAGAAGCAGCUUGGCAUCAAGCGUCUGAAGUAUCUUUCAAAUUAUGUCUAAGGGCGUCCUCCAACCCGGAUGUGCGAGUUGAGCUGUUCGUUUCGUUGCCUGCCACAUAUCCAAAAACAGUACCGAACUUGGCUAUCCAAGGCCUCGAUGACCUGCGGAAGGGAGCCAAAUCUAGGAUCAAGGAUGUUAUUGAGACGAAACCCAAGACUCUCCUUGGGUCGGAAAUGAUUUACGAACUUGCGUUAUCAAUCCAGAAUAUUCUUGAAGAUGUCGCAUUGUCCCAAGCCGAGGACAAAGAUAUUCCAAGUCUAGAAGAGGAGCGUAUAGUCCAAGAAGCCGCAGCAAUCCAACAGGCCGAGGAACGAAAGAAAGAAGAGCUGAGGAGGCAGGAACAAGCCGCUGCGGAAGAAGAAAAAGCUUUACAAAUACUACUCGAGAGCAAAAUCAAGCAGAGGCAAAGAGCCAAAGAACAAUCUUCGCGGCGGAGAAGUAAGGGAAUGCUUGAGGGAGUUGAAUCACUUGGCCCAUCUGAGGAUAGUUCUGGUGCCGUCUCGUUCGAACCUCCGUUGGUAAUGAAUGACUCCAAUGGACGACUCAUUAACUUCCGGUCAGUGGUCGGGAAGACGCUGAUUGGAAGCUCCUCACACAAGGAGACAUUUACGGUGCGGCCCGUAGCUUCUGGCGAUGGAUUUCGUGCCCCAUUGCUCGUCCUCAAGGAGUUAUUUCUUCGUGAGAAGGACGCAGGCCACCGUGACCUUCGUCAAGAAAUAAGGUCUAGCGAAGAGAAGCUCGAAAUCCUAAAACGGCUUAGACAUCCGAACCUAGUUGAUUUUAUUGGGUUUAAGAUAUAUCGUUCCAUCGAUACAGAGGCUUCCCAUGAGAGCACCUGGCAUAUAUACACCCUUUUUGAGUAUGCCAACAAAGGGUCGCUCUUAGAGCUCCUUGACAUUGUCGGGAGUGUAGCUGAUAACACUACCAGGGCCUGGAUGAUCCAGUUACUUGAGGCGGUAGAGUUCUAUCAUCGACAUGGAAUCGUCCACGGUAACGUUCACAGUGGAAGAGUGCUAUUAUUCAGAAACCGGACAAGCAGCACCGUAGUCAAGCUCCUGAGUGGCGUAGAGGAAUCUCUGCCAGUCCCAUCUGGAGCGAAACGAACCCUUGCUUCCUCGCAAUCUCCGUUCUGGAUACCACCAGAACUCACACAGGAAGGUUCGAGUCCGAGCACCAAAACUGAUGUGUGGGAUUUGGGAAUAGUUUUUCUCCAGAUGAGUUUUGGCAAGGACGUGAUGCAGCGGUAUACAUCUGCAAAUGCACUUAUGAACGCGAUAGACCUUUCCACUCCCUUAGAGGAAAUUCUCAAAGAGAUUUUCAAACCUGACCCCAAAAAACGCCCAACCGCGUUUCAGAUCAAACCUUUCGAAUUCUUUCGAAGUGAUGCUCCGUUCGUGGACGUGUCUGUCGCAUCUAAUUCACAGCCUUUACAACGGCAGACCCGGCUUGAUUCUCAUGGGGUCUUGCCUUCGUUUUCUCGGUAUGGACAGGAUUUUGAUGAAGCCGGGCGUUUGGGCAAGGGAGGCUUCGGUCAAGUAGUGAAGGCACGCAAUAAGCUUGAUGGAGGAUUUUACGCGAUCAAGAAGAUAUCUUCCAAAUCUGGAAUUGCCCUGAAGGACACGUUAUCCGAAAUUAUGUUGCUCUCCAGGCUCAAUCAUCCAUAUGUCGUCCGUUAUUUUACUGCCUGGCUCGAGCGAGACUAUAAUACUGCUGACGAGGAAGCGGUAUCGUCUACCGAAGAAAAUCCGCAUCACUCUGGGAACGGCGUGGAAUUUGGAUAUAGCACAAGCGGACUUGACUUUAUAAGCUCAAAAGGAUAUCCUGAGAUCGAGUUCGGAUAUGACAGCGAUGAACAUGCUGAUGCUGAAGCGGAUUCGGAGCAAUUCGGGAACCAAAGGCAACAAAGCUCGUCGAAAACAGAUGAGGGACCAAACCUCGAACGGCGGACGUCCGGAUCAUCGUUUCAACACGUUACCACUACUCUUUAUAUUCAGAUGGAAUACUGUGAGAAGCACACACUUCGCGAUUUAAUCAGGAACGGAUUACAUGACGAUAUUGAGUCCUCUUGGAGAUUAUUUCGGCAGAUCUUGGAUGGGCUAAGCCAUAUCCAUAGUCAUGGUAUAAUUCAUAGGGAUCUAAAGCCAGAUAAUAUAUUUAUUGAUAUUGCGAAUAAUCCCCGCAUCGGCGACUUCGGUCUGGCUACAACCGGUCAAUUCACAACAGCAUUUCGGUCAUCCAACACCACAGAUAUCGGCGGCGAGUAUACCCGUAGUAUUGGAACCACGUAUUACGUCGCUCCAGAAAUGAAAUCUGUGUCAGUUGACCAUUACAAUGAGAAAGUUGACAUGUACUCUCUUGGCAUAAUAUUCUUCGAAAUGUGCCAUCCUCUCAAGACGGCCAUGGAGCGUGAUCACACCUUAAAAGCAGUUAGGGAAAAGGUCCACACUCUUCCAGCAACUUUUGAGUUACCUGAGAAGGCUGUACAAGGUGAAAUAAUUGAAUCACUGUUGAGCCAUCGUCCAAGUGAACGACCGACAGCAGCGGAGCUUCUCCAGAGUGGGAAAAUUCCGCUGCAAGUUGAAGAUGAAAUGUUUCGAAAAGCCAUUAUGGGAAUUUUGUCAGACCCUAACUCUCCGGACUACAAGAAAAUCCUAUCAGCCAUUUUCUCCCAACGCCCCAGAAAAUUUGAAGAUAUCGCAUGGGAUAUGGAUUCUCGUAGGACACCACCAGUUUCUGAGGUAUUGCUUCAUAGCUUGGUUAAGGAAAAAUUGACAUCGAUAUUUCGUAAGCACGGGGCGGUGGAGACGACGAGGAGUUCGUUAUUUCCACGCUCUGAGCACUACCCUUCUGGUGUUGUUCGCCUUUUGGAUCCUGCAGGGAACCUAGUUCAACUGCCAUACGAUCUUACUCUUCCAAACGCACGUUCCAUUUCUAGAUUAGACUCGUCCAUUGAGAAGACUUUCACUUUUGGAACGGUCUACCGCGAGUCCAUACACGGAGGGGCGCCUCGUUGCCACCAAGAAGUUGACUUUGACAUGAUAUCUCACAACACGCUAGAUUUGACGUUAAAGGAGGCAGAGGUCAUGAAAGUCAUGGACGAAAUUCUGAAUGAGUUUCCGUCACUGCGGUCUGUGCCAAUGUGUUUUCACAUUAAUCAUUCGGAUCUCUUGGACGCGAUUAUGGUAUUCUGUCGAAUCAGUCCUCAGCAAAAACCAGUCGUGAAGGAAAUCCUCAGCAAGUUGAACGUUGGACCAUAUACAAUGCAGAAAAUUCGAAGUGAACUUCGCUCUCCAGCUGUCGGAAUCGCCUCUACGUCUAUUGAUGAUCUUACCCGGUUCGACUUUCGAGAUAGUCCAGAUAAAGCCUUAAAACGACUUCUUGCGAUUAUGGAGGGAACGGAGUAUGCAGACCGUCUCGCUCCAAUAUUCGCUCGCUUAAACGCGGUGGUAUCGUAUUUAAAAGGGUUUCACGUUAAGAGAAAGAUCUACGUGAACCCCUUGAGUAGCCUUAACGACAAAUUUUUCCGGGGGAGUAUUCUCUUCCAAUGUGUUUCCGACACAAAGAGGCGAGAUGUAUUUGCAGCCGGAGGAAGAUAUGACAGUCUCAUUCAAGAAUUCCACCCUAAAGUUCUGUAUGGUACCCAGCGUCAUGCCGUGGGAUUCAACCUUGGAUGGGAAAAGUUAUGUCUGUCAAUGUCAAACCAUUUGAAAGGGUCAAAUAAAGCUUUCCUCAAACACGCAGAGGCAGAGAUUAGUGGAAUUUGGCGGUCGAGACGGUGUGAUGUCCUUGUUGCUAGCUUCGACGCAACGGUCCUUCGCACCGUUGGUGUUGGAGUCAUUCAAGAACUUUGGGCACAUGGGAUUAGUGCUGAACUUUCCGUUGACACCUCCUCUCUGGAAGAAAUCCUCUCACGGUACAAAAAUGACAGUCACAGCUGGGUCGUGAUCGUCAAGCAGGACAGCAUGGAGAGAGGUUUGAAGGUUAAACAUAUUAGCACUAAAGAAGAGUUUGAGGUGAGAAGCUCUGAGUUGGCGGGAUGGCUUCGAGGCGAAAUCGGUGCACGUAAUCAGCGUGAGCAUCAAACGGGCACUGGAAAACCGCUAAAGCAUUUGAACCACCAAGAGUGCGGCUUUUCGACCAGAGAAAAAGAUCCAGAUGUAAGGAUUUUGACAGCGUUGCACCGGAAUAAGAAAACAAAUAGGCGAAACAUCAUUGAAACUGCCAUUCGUGAAUCUCGUAACGUAAUGGACAGAGCGCUCGAGGGGCCUAUUGCGGCAAUUGAUACCCGAGACGAAGUUUUGGAGGUCCUACGGCAUACGCGCCUUUCAGACGCUGAUAGCUGGCGUACGGUUAUACAGAACGGGCCGUUGACGGAGAGGAAAUAUAUGGCCCAGCUCCAUGAAUUGCUUAACGACCUCGCUAACGAACGGCGGGAUCCUCAAGAUGGGAAAGAGAAUUAUCGGAAUGCGUUCAUUUACAACUAUCGUACUGGUAGUUGUAUCUACUAUGAUCUCUCACGCAGUAAUGAGAAAUGA